AGAGAGCGAGAGCGCGAGAGAGCGAACGAACGUGAGGCUCUACUGAGAGCUGACCGUGUUUUCUACAGGAAACAAAUCAGAGAGAGAGAGAGAGAGUGUGUUGUGUGUGAGUGAGUGAGUGAGUGAAAAUGCUGUUGUAACCGCUGUGUUUCGUCGCGGUUUUGUGAGUGUUUUCCUGGAAGCGGACGCUUAGCGAAUCACGCCAAUCUGGAGACCCGUUUGUUUAGACCCGGGAAUCUAAACUAAAGGUGUUUUUUUUGUGUGUUUUUGGAGGCGUGAGGCUCGAGACUCCGCGCAGAAUGACCGUUGACUGGCCCGAUCUGCUUAUCGUUCGCGGGCAUUAGGUUGAAGGAACUAUCACUACCUCCGUUUGCUGGCGAAACAAACAACGCAUUUGCCUUCGAGGGUCUUUUGGUUCAAAAGGAAGAGAAUAAUGGCAUUGCUGGCAGUUCGAAUGCUUGUGCUGGGCUUGUGGAUAGGGGGGCAGUCAGCUACUGCAGGAGAGGGACAGUCCACUCCGGCCACAUGCUCUCCGCUGUGCCGCUGCGAUGAGGACGGAGGAGCGGACUGCUCUGGACGAGGACUGACCACCGUUCCCACCGGCCUCAGCGCUUUCACAUAUUACCUGGACAUCAGUAUGAACAACAUCACUGAGCUGCCUGCUAAUGUCUUCAGAAACCUGCCGUAUCUGGAAGAACUACGUUUGGCUGGUAAUGACCUUGCUUUAAUCCACCCAGAGGCUCUGUCUGGCCUCCAUCAGCUUAAAGUCCUGAUGCUUCAGAACAAUCAGUUGAAGACUGUCCCCAGUGCAGCUCUCAAGAAUCUCCAUGCCCUGCAGUCUUUGCGGUUGGAUGCUAACCACAUCACUUCAGUGCCUGAGGACAGUUUUGAGGGUCUGCAGCAGCUCAGGCACCUCUGGUUAGAUGACAACAGCCUGACUGAGGUUCCCGUUGGCCCCCUACAGCACCAGAGUAACCUGCAGGCCCUGACGUUGGCCCUCAACCGGAUCACACACAUCCCAGACAAUGCCUUCGCCAACCUCUCCAGCCUGGUUGUAUUGCAUCUACACAAUAAUCGGAUUCAGGAGAUAGGAAAAAACUGCUUUAAUGGGCUGGACAACCUGGAGACAUUGGAUCUAAACUUCAACAAUCUGAAGACCUUCCCAGAGGCCAUUCAGACACUGCCCAAGCUGAAAGAACUUGGAUUUCAUAGCAAUAACAUCGCAUCCAUCCCCGAGGGAGCCUUCUGUAGGAAUCCCCUGCUACGCACAAUCCAUCUGUUUGACAACCCUCUUUCCUUCGUGGGAACCACUGCUUUCCAGAACCUGUCAGACCUGCACUCUCUGAUGCUGCGUGGUGCCAGUAUGAUGCAGGAUUUCCCCAGCCUGACAGGAACAAUAAAUCUAGAAAGCCUGACUUUAACAGGAACUAAAAUCAGAAACAUCCCAGCAGACUUGUGUGAGGAUCUGACCGUGCUCCGAACACUAGAUCUUUCCUAUAAUGAGAUUGAAGACCUGCCGUCCUUUCAGGGCUGUGUUAGACUGCAGGACAUAAGUCUACAGCAUAACCAAAUCCAGCAGAUAGACAGAGGAACCUUCCAGGGCAUGACUAGCCUAAGAGUGCUAGACCUGAGCAGAAACCAGAUCAAGUUCAUCCACAGAGAUGCUUUCCUUUCUCUCAGCGCUCUCACCAACCUGGAUCUCAGUCUAAACUCCCUAGCCAGUGUUCCUACCGCAGGACUGAGUGCACUGAACCAACUUAAACUGACUGGAAACGUGGAACUGAGGAACGGCCUAAUGUCUAAAAGUCUGCCUAAACUCAGGUCCAUUACGGUUCCCUAUGCCUACCAGUGUUGUGCUUUUGUGGCUUGUGACAGUGCAGUUAACCCAGCUGAGGAGGACGAGCGGAGAAAUGCAUUUGGUGGUGAGGAGGAGAUGGAAAGGAUUCCUCUAGUCAUGCACUGUUCACCCUCACCAGGGGCAUUUAAACCUUGUGAACACUUGUUGGGAAGCUGGAUGAUACGGUUGACCGUGUGGUUCAUCUGCCUGGUGGCGCUCCUCUUCAACUGCCUGGUCCUUGCAGCCACCUUCUCUCCGCGCACCUCUCCUCUCUCCCCGGCUCGCCUCCUGGUGGCUCUCCUAGCCUCCGCUAACCUGCUGACAGGGGUCUACGUGGCAGCACUGACCAUCCUGGACUCUGUCACCUGGGGCUCAUUUGCCGAGUACGGCGUGUGGUGGGAAACAGGGGCCGGAUGUCAGGUAGUGGGCUUCCUCGCUGUGUUUUCCUCCGAGUGGGCUGUCCUGCUGCUGGCGUUAGCUGCGGUGGAGCGUUGCUUUGCUGUGAGGGCUCUGAUGGGGAAGGCGGGAGCUCUGAGGUCCAGCAGCGAAAGGAGGGAAAGACGAAGGAGGUUCGGUAUCGCCGCACUCCUGUUGGGAUUGGUAUCUGUCGCGGCGGCUUGCCUCAGUCUGUAUCAUGAAUCAGCCAUGGGCUCUCCUCUCUGCCUGCCCUUCUCUGGAGGUCCCGGACCAGGUCUGGGGUUCACAGUGGCCCUGGUGCUACUGAACACACUGGCGUACCUGCUGAGUGCGGUUGUCUAUACGCGGUUAUACUGCAGGCUGGGUCGUGCCCAGUUGGCUGACCCCGAGCAGGCCGGGUCAGUGAGGCACAUCGCCUGGCUCAUCUUUACCAACUGCAUCUUCUUCUGCCCGGUGGCGGCUUUUUCUUUCGCUCCCCUGCUGGCCGGGACCAGUAAUGCAGUGGGCGGACCGGAGAUGGCCAAAUCCGUGACGCUCAUAUUCUUUCCCCUCUCUGCCUGCUUGAACCCUGUGCUGUACGUCUGCUUCAGUCCCUCCUUCAGAUAUGACUGGCUUCGGCUUAGAGGACGGGGGAGGGCUGGAGGUUGCGGCGGGCUGGCCGGUAAAGCGGUUACUAAAGGGACAGUAGCAGGCGGCUCGGCGGUAUCCGACGACGGCGAAGGCUUGUCUAGCGACUGCGGAAUGUACACAAAGCUGCACGGUGACACUCGGGGAAUGUGCAAACACUGUGACGCCGCCCUCCACAUCAGGACAUCUUCCUCUUCCGCUUCCUCCUCUUCCUCAGCCUGCAGACAUUUAGUGAAGUCCCACAGCUGCCCUGCCCUGAUGGCAAACGCACCUCAGUGCCUGAGCUCAGAGGGGUACUGGCCCGACACCGGGACGCUUUCCGCCCAGUCGGAAUAUGGAGACGAGGGCGAUUCUUUUGUGUCGGACAGUUCGGAGCAGGUUCAGGCUUGCGGCCGAGCUUGUUUCUGUCAGAGCCGUGGCCUCCCUUUAGUACACUACUCUUAUAACAUCCCUCGCAUGACAGACUGAGCUCACAGCCCCGAGCACUCACACACUCACUUCCUCACAGAGUCCUCCAGGGUGUGGAGUGUCCCUGCUCCGCAAGGACAGAGAACAGGGAGGGGCUGGACACAUGGCUGCAGAGCCAAUGGAGACACAAACAGACCUGAAGCACUUUUCUCUCUUUUCACAUGUGUGUGUGUGUAUGUGUGCGCGUGUGUGUGUUUGAGUGAAUAUAGACCAAAUCCAUGAAAAGGGAAUCUGACAAUACGGAGAGACUCUCUGAGCCAAAUGUUGUCAGCAAACAACAUGUCUUGUUUUCUGUUUCCUGUCCCCUUCAGCCAAAUUCGGUUGCAUUGGUACCCAGGGCCGAUUGACAGUUGAUGGACACAGUGAUCUUAUCUCCCAGUGCCUGCCUUUCAGUUUGCAAGAGAGUAGAACUUGUCUGUUUAUUUUCUUAGGGCAUUUAUAGAAAAGAAAAAUAUAUUUUCCCUUUUAUCCUUUUAAACGUUUGUCCUUUUGAUUUAAAGCAGGGAUAUAUGUGCUAUUAUUGAUUUGUCUUUUUCUUUUAUUCCUUGUUGUCAUCAUAAAGCCUGACUGUGGCGGGGGAUCCCGUUCUAUGUAGCAAAGUUCCUCCUAAUACUGGAGUUCCAGUAUGCCGAUAAGAAUGUAAUGUUCAUGCUGUCUUGUUCCCUCUCAUUUCUCUGAGUAAGUUCAUGUUGGCCGUUAUGUUGAAAAGCAUUCAUUUCUUGCUUGUUUGUUCUGAAAGUGAUCCUAAAAUCACAGUCCUCUCCUUCAGCUAACAGAGUGAUCCAGUCAUGCCAGUACUCUAUUAACUGUUUAUGAAAAGAAAUCAUCUUUAAUAUAUGUUAUACAAUGACAUUUGGAUGUCUUGACCAGAGCGCUUCCUUAAUCACUAGUACGUUUUUAAUUUAUUUUAAGACAUGGAAAUGCUUUGAUGAAUGAAUGGCAAACUACACUUUUUUUUUAUUAUUAUUAUUCUGCUAAGUCACUAGAUCAUUGCGAUUUAUGUAUUUUGUACACUGGUAGUGAAAAAAUGGGUUUCAUGUUAUGGUUGAUAAACUAUAAAUAUAAAUAUAUUAAUAUUUAUACUAUUAGCGCUAAAUAAAUUAAAAAUAAUACUCUAAAAAUGAAAAUCCUUUUUUUUUUGUAAGUUCUACAACUGAAUUUAAGCAUCAGAACAUCAUAAUAUAACAUGAAAUUUUCUAAAGAUUACAUUUAACAGUUAUUUAAUUACUAGUUUUUAAUUGAAAAUGUGAUGACUGCAAACAUAAUCUAAGUGUAAAAAUAUGAAAAAUGAGCAGGCAAAAUUAAAUAUUCAAUAUUGUUAAAUCCCAAUAAAUGAAAAAAUCUAUACAUUAAAAUAUCUUGAUCUUGAAUAUUGUGCAUCCCUACCCAAAAGCGACCAAGGUCUUUAAUAUACAAAACCUGUCCUUAUGAAAACCCUUUGUUCUUCUACACCUUACAUCCGUACAGUAGUAUUCGUGUUGAUCAGCUGUAUAAUAUAUUGAUGUUGAAGUUGCCAUUAAGCUAUGUCAGGUGAGAUGGACAAUAGGACCAAAGUGCGUCUUUGUGUUCAGGAAUAUAGAACAUUUCAUCAUCAUGAUUCUACUUGUACACCUUUGUCCAUGUAUGUUCAGGAAUUCAAGUGAAAGGAAAUGUGUGUUUGUUUGCCUUAGAUACAGAGUGUCAACACCUUCCUUUGGUCUUCUAAUAUGUUUGCAAAGUGGAUGCCAUUUUGCCAGUCAUAUAAGCUCUGGCAUCAACUGACAAGCCUUGCAGGACGUAGCUACUAGAACUGACAGAAUUCCAAAUCACGUGUCUAUGCAUGUGUGUGAGGUCUGAAUGUGUGUGUGUGAGAUGUUUAGAGAUGUCAGAAUGAUGUAAAUUAUUUUUGUAGGACACAUCUAAUCAAAAAUGGGAUGCAUUGUCUAACUGUGGAAGCUACCUCUUCAACCGUAGUGGCUGCCAGUAGUGAGUAGUACAUGUGGUUACAUUUUCACAUGCAUUUUGUUGGUAUGAUUGCUUGCGCUGUAAAUACAUCUAGUUGUAUGUUCUCACUGAAUGAGUCAUGCGUUAGUUUGUACUGGGAGAAAAUGACAUACUGUAUACAGACAUUUUUGUAAACCAAACUAUAUAAACUGAUUCGCUUUAAA